CUCCGAUCAGAAGCCGAGAGAGAACGAGCGAGCGAGCGAGCGAGCGCGAGCCCUCCGGUGCACUUUGCAGUAAGUUGCAGGGCUGCUGCUCGUGUCGGCGCGCUGGAUCUCCGGUCGGGGCCAACUUUAACACACUGGAUCCCAAAGUCGGUUGCUGUCUCGUGCGCAGUCCGGAGCUGCCAUGGAUCCCGGAGCCAGACUUGCCUUCUUAAUCUUGUUAGCGUUGUGUCUGUCCGCGAACUGCCUUUAUAUUGCCAGUAACAUAGAUUCUCUGAGGGACAUCAUACAAGAGUAUGGAGUUGUCAGUCCAGUCAGAACCGACUCGGAGGGCAGAUUUGUGUCCCACUCUGUGUCUGCAGCUCCUGCCGAGAGACGCAGUCGUAGGGACACAGAAGGUUCUCGUGCCAGCCAUGACAAUGAAAGAAUGUUCUUCAAUGUGACAGUGUUUGGCAAAGAAUUUCACCUGAGGCUGCGAUUAAACUCUCGCUUGGUGGCACCUGGAGCUAAGAUGGAGUGGCAGGAGGAUUCUAAUGUGACGCACUCAGAGCCCUUGGUUGGAGACUGCCUUUAUGUUGGAGAUAUCACAGAUGUGCAGGGAGCCUCCGUUGCUUUAAGCAACUGCGAUGGUCUGGCUGGCAUCAUUCGAACGGAGCAGGAAGAAUAUUUUAUUGAGCCCCUGGAGAAGAACAUCCAGCUCAUCGAGGAGGAGGCUGGAGGCCGACCCCACAUCGUGUACCGAAAGUCUGCAAUUAAGGAGAUUCCAGCCAACAAUACAGAGGAUUUUCAAUCCAAAGGGAGUGACUUGGCUGGCCUUCUUGAUUUGGAAUCCAUGUACCGCGGUGUGCAGCAGAACAUCAACCAGACGAGAAGAUCCCGGAGACACGCAGGCCUUGAAAACUACAACAUCGAGGUCCUGCUGGGUGUGGACGACUCUGUAGUGCAAUUCCACGGAAAGGAACACGUGCAGAAGUAUCUGCUGACGCUUAUGAAUAUCGUUAAUGAAAUCUAUCAUGAUGAGUCGCUAGGAGCUAAUGUCAAUGUGGUGCUUGUGCGGAUCAUCUUGCUUGGCAGUGGAAAGUCCACAAGUUUAAUUCAGGUCGGGAAUCCCUCCCAGAGUCUGGAAAACGUAUGUCGCUGGGCUUACUUACAGCAGAAGCCGGAUACCGAGCACGAGGAGUACCACGACCAUGCCAUAUUCCUAACCAGGCAAGAGUUUGGUCCUUCUGGCAUGCAAGGUUACGCGCCGGUGACCGGCAUGUGUCACCCAGUGCGCAGCUGCACACUGAAUCAUGAGGACGGCUUUGCAUCUGCUUUUGUGGUGGCACACGAAACAGGCCAUGUGUUGGGCAUGGAGCACGAUGGGCAAGGAAAUCGUUGCGGAGAUGAGGUACGGAUGGGGAGCAUCAUGGCGCCUUUGGUGCAGGCCGCCUUCCAUCGAUUCCACUGGUCUCGAUGCAGCCAGCAGGAGCUCAGCCGCUACCUUCACUCCUACGAUUGCCUCCGUGAUGAUCCUUUCCACCAUGACUGGCCCACGCUGCCCCAGCUUCCAGGCAUCCAUUACUCCAUGAAUGAGCAGUGCCGCUUCGACUUUGGGAUUGGCUACAUGAUGUGCACCGCAUUUCGCACGUUUGAUCCUUGCAAGCAGCUUUGGUGCAGCCACCUGGAUAAUCCUUACUUCUGCAAGACCAAGAAGGGCCCUCCAUUAGAUGGGACCCUCUGUGCUCCUGGGAAGCACUGCUUUAAAGGUCACUGCAUUUGGCUGACUGCUGACAUCCUAAAGCAGGAUGGAAACUGGGGCAUGUGGAGCAAAUUCGGUUCCUGUUCAAGAAGUUGUGGCACUGGAGUGCGUUUCCGAACAAGGCAGUGCGACAACCCACUUCCUGCUAAUGGAGGUCGCACAUGCUAUGGACCAACGUAUGAAUUCCAGCUGUGCAGCACACAGGACUGUCCCAGGGAGUACGAGGACUUCAGAGAAGACCAAUGCAAGCAGUGGGAUCCUUACUUUGAGUACCAGAAUUCCAAGCACCACUGGCUUCCUUAUGAACACUCGGAAUCCAAGGAGCGGUGCCAACUGUACUGCCAGUCUAAAGAGACCAAGGAUGUUGUGUACAUGAAGAGAAUGGCUCACGAUGGGACGCGCUGUUCAUACAAAGAUCCCUAUAGCAUCUGCGUCCGUGGGGAGUGCGUGAAAGUUGGCUGUGACAAGGUGAUCGGCUCCCCUAAGCAAGAAGACAAGUGUGGCGUCUGUGGAGGCGAUAACUCGCACUGCAAAAUCGUGAAGGGGACCUUCUACCGGACACCAAAGAGGCAGCGCUUCCUAAAGAUGUUUGAAAUUCCUGCAGGAGCGAGACAUCUGUCUAUUCAAGAAAUGGACGCUUCUCCGCACACGCUGGCUAUCAAGAGCCCAGCCUCGGGAACGUUUGUCCUCAAUGGAGAUGGAGAAUUUCCAGAGUCCAGAAUGUUUAUUCAGAUGGGCUUGGAGUGGGAAUACCACAAUGACGACGAUAAAGAAUCCAUCCAAACCAACGGGCCAUUGAGUUCCGGGAUUGUUGUCAUGGUCAUUCCCAAUGGAGAAGCCAGGAUCUCCCUGACAUACAAGUACAUGAUCCACGAGGACACCAUGACCACGGCUGACAAUAACAACGUUGUGCAGGACAACGCCGAGUUUUCUUACGAGUGGGCCUUGAUGAAGUGGUCUCACUGCUCCAAGCCGUGUGGCGGAGGUUUUCAUUUUUCAAAGUAUGGAUGCCGUCGAAAAUCAGACCUCAAAAUGGUUCACCGCAGAUACUGUGAAACAAUUGAAAAGCCAAAGGCGAUACGCACAAAAUGCAACCUGCAGGAAUGUUCCCAGCCAAUAUGGGUCAGCGGUGAGUGGUCUACAUGCACCGAGACAUGUGGAAAAACUGGGCAGCAAACCCGUAAGGUGCAAUGCAUCCAGCCCCUUCACGACGGGACCAACCGCACCAUCCACAGCAAAUACUGCAAUGACGAUAGGCCAGAGUCCAAGAGACCCUGCAACCGAGAGCUGUGCCCUGCAGAGUGGAGAGUCGGCUCAUGGUCACAGUGCUCGGUCAGCUGUGGCAAUGGCACCCAGGAGAGGCAGGUCUUGUGUCGUACAAAGAGCAACACCAUCGGCAACUGUACUGAAGCCAAACCUGGGAUUGUCAGGUUCUGCACUCUACCUCCUUGUCCGAAAAACGCUUCUGACCAAAGCAAGAAAGGAAACUUCCUGAUCCAGUGGAUUUCUCGACAAAACUCGGACUUCCCAAUCCAGAAGAUUUCUUCAAGACAGCGCUGCCAAGGAGACAAAUCGGUGUUCUGUCGCAUGGAGGUGCUGAGCCGCUACUGCUCCAUCCCUGGCUACAUGCAAUUGUGCUGCAAGUCUUGCAGUGAAAUCCACCCCAGUGUUUUCUCCUCCAUGAAUCAAACCAACGACACGCUAACAAACACCAGCUUUCCACCAAUCUCGAUCAUCCCACUACUGCUGAGCCCUCCUACCGAGGCUCCCGGAACGUGGCCCACCCCGGCCUUGGACACGACCACAGGGGCCAGCAGUCAUAAUGAUGACAUCCGAGAGAACAAUGCAAUCGAUGUUCCCUACAAAAUCCACGGGGUGGACGGCGAUACACCCCAGCCCAACAUCAUCCCCCGGAAAAGGCAGUAUUAUGAAAAAACGAGGAACCAACGAAUCCAGCAGCUGAUUGCUGAAAAGCAGAAAGAUGGACUUCUGAAGGUGAAAACCUAAAGAAAGAUCAGCGAUGGCAGAGCACACUUGGCAUUUCUCUUAUAGAGAUUGAAUCGUUUUAUCACAUAUUGUAAUUGACACGGUGCUAAGUCUGAUACUGGAGACCACGGGCCCUAACACCAGUAAGCGACACGUAUUUGCACAAAUUUUUGAAAUUAAAAUGUCACUUUAUGCAGUGA